AUGGCGAUUUCCUGGGGAACAAUCAAGUCACUCCUCCUCUUCUUCGGACCCAUCCUUCUCCCCAAAGCAAUUGCCUACUACCGCUCUGUGCGAGCCUCCCCCUCCAUCCAUGGCAUAUCCAUUCGACCUGUCCCUUGCAACGUCUUCCGGGCACUGACCAUCCUCUUUGCGAUAUCCCUCGUCUUCCUCGUGAGGACGCUCCCGAUUUUCGCCCCCGAGAAUAUCUUUACGCUCACGCAAUCGCGCCUCCAGAUUCCCACUGAUGUCCUUUUCACCCGCCUAUCCGCCUUACGACCCACAGGACUUACACCCACCGACAAUCUACUGCGUGGGAGACUGAAUAGUCUGGACUCCCGCCUUCUGUACCUCCAACUCGGACCCGAUGUGCUCACCGAAUGCUCAUUCUGUAACGCAGAAGACCCCAAGUCUUACCUCUACUACGCUCUCCCUAGCAUCCUCACCCCGCACAUCCUCAACUUGAUUGUCCUCGCGCUCGUCACCUCAGGUCUCUUCAUAGGCAAAGAAGGCGCCGUGUGGCGCACCACCGCCACCGUCGGCGCCGCCUCGUUAGCGGUGCUCGAAAUCUACCUCGUAGCAGUCUAUCACAGUCAAAGCAACGCGCGCGCAACCCGACUCGAAGACCUCGAGUUCUUCUUCUGGAAGAUGCGCGUCUACCGGGGUGUGGCGAUCGCAGGUCUCGACGCCGUAGUCGGAUGGAUGCUCUACCUCUCAAGCACGAACCGCGCGUUCGUGCUCCCACCUUCCGCACCUGAGCGGCUCGAGCACUCGAUGAAGAUCCUCGAGGCCGCGAGGGCGAAGCUGAAUGCGAUGGGCAUUCUGCGGAAUACGAUACUGCGUGAUGACGGGUUGCGAGAUCGGAAUGUGCAGUACUGGAUAAGGGAGAGCCAGGUGAUGGGCAGUGUGAUGGAGGAGAGGAGUGUGAUUGAAGGGGUCAAUAAUGCGUUGGAGAACCGCAUCGAUGUGGCGAGGAUUACGGCAGAUGCUGAUGGCUAUGUGAGGGGUAUUUUUGCGUCUCUGCAGGGAAAUGGUGCUACAUAG